UAAAACGCGACGUAAGGGCUUUGACUCGUUACUCCGUGAUUUUUCUUGUUAGCGAAAAGAUGAAAUGCCUUCAUGUGUUCACACUCUCGAUAAUCUUGGUGAUAAUUGAAAAAGAUCUUGUUAAUGCUUCAGUUGAGGUUUGUAUAACGAAUUGCGUGCAAUGCAAACAGAUGUUUGGUCCAUACUUUCAGGGGAAAGCGUGUGGAGACGCAUGUCUAUCCAAUAAUGGUCAGUUAGUGCCAGACUGUAACAACCCUGGGACAUUGGGAAACUUCCUGAAACGUCUUUAUUAACUGGAUGGGAUGGGAAUGUUUGCAAUUUGGAUUUGUUCGUAAUAAAAAAAUAUCAUGCAA